AUGGGGGAUUCAGAAAGUGAAUCAUUGCAGGAUGUUGCUGCAUGUGCUCUUCAUACUCUAUUGGAUAAUGAGGAUAACGUGUCAGAUUUUAUAACUGUUGGUGGCUUUUGGAAGCUACAGCGAGGAGAAUUCACUGGCCGAAUUCUAAAUGUGCUGCAGCAGGCUCUACUCAACUUUCCUAAAAUUGAGCUGGAGUACUCCAUUGCACAAAGUUGUGUUGUUAAACUUGACAUAAAGAACCAGUCAAGCUCGGAAGCUGACUCACUGUUUUGGGGCACACUACAAGCCUAUGAAGUAUAUGAGAUGCUUCCUAUAGAAGCAUUUCUGUGCCUCGUGUUAAGAUUACUUAAUGCUUCUUUAUUUGAUGAUAUGUUCAAUGCGCUGAUGGAAGGAGUCUUAUUGCAGGUCUAUCUGACCAAGCAGUAUGUGAACAAUGCUAGGCAUUCUGAUGUAACCUUUUUGGUUGAAUCUAGACAAUUCUAUGCACACAGAAUUUGCUUGUCUGCUUCUUCAGAUACAUUCUGUGUAAUGUUUGAUGGCAGUAAUCAGGAGAAGGAUGCAACUAGCAUAGAGAUUCCAAACAUAAGAUGGGAGACUUUUGAGUUGAUGAUGAGGUUUAUGUACUCUGGAUCAGUUGAAAUUACACCAGAUCUUGCACCAGAACUUCUUAGAGCUCCUGAUCAGUAUCUCAUUGAAGGACUAAAGUGA